AUGAUUCACAUGUGCAGUAUGGAACAUUACCAAUUCUAUCGUAGUUGGAUGUAUGAUAGAAUGUUUCCUGGACGACGUGGGCUUAAACCACUUUUUAUGGAAGGAGUUGCCGCGUUUCUCUCGUAUGCGUUUGCUCAAGAAUGUUGUCGCAGGGAAGGAGGGGUAAGGUGUCCGUGUUUAAAGUGUGGUUGCAGAAAUAUUAUUAGUGACCCUAGUGAAGUGAAGCGUCACUUGGAGAGAGUGGGUUUUAGGCCAAAUUACUGGGUUUGGACAUCUAAUGGGGAAACAAUGCAGGAGAUGAAUAGAGAGGCUUCUAGCAGUCAAACACAUAUAGAACCAGAUAUAAAUAGAGUUGAUCCAGGGAGUAGUUCAUCACAUAUGCAGUGCCAGGAGCAAUUUAAUCUCGUCGAGGAGAUGUUCACUGACGCAUUAGGGGUGAAUGUGGCGUAUGAUGAACCACAAGACUUAGAUGGAGAAGAACUCCCGAAUGAGAAAGCUCAAAGGUUUUAUCAGCUGUUGAAAGAAAUAAAUAUACCAUUGUUUGAGGGGUCUUCUGACUCUAAGCUAUCAAUGUGUGUGAGACUUUUGGCUGCGAAAUCAAAUUGGAAUGUUCCUGAUCAGUGUUUAGAAUUCUUUGCGAGAUUGAUGUUGGACGCGACUCCUGUGAAAGAAAACAUGCCUACAAGUUAUUAUGAUGCAAAAAGGGUGGUGUCGAAGUUGGGAUUAGAAGUUAAAAAGAUUGAUUGUUGCAUUAGAGGUUGCAUGUUGUUUUAUGACAACGAGUUUGGUACAAAUGAUGGGGAAUUGGAGGAAUGUAAGUUUUGCGAGAGUCCGAGGUAUUUAGUUAGCAGUAAAGGAGUUGACCAAAGGCAAAAUCGCGUUGCAGCGAAAUCUAUGUUCUAUCUACCAAUAAUACCUAGGUUGCAAAGAAUGUUUGCAUCAAUGCACAGUGCAAGCCAAAUGGCAUGGCACCAUACAAACAGAAUUAGUUCAGGCAUGAUGCGACAUCCAUCUGAUGGCGAGGCAUGGAAACACUUUGAUAGAGUUCAUCCUGAGUUUGCACUUGAACCUAGGAAUGUCCGACUUGGAUUAUGCUCAGAUGGUUUCACUCCUUAUAAUUUUUCAGGAAAUGCAUAUUCUUGUUGGCCAGUUAUUGUUACCCCGUACAAUCUCCCUCCUGAGAUGUGCAUGACGAAACCUUACAUGUUUUUGACAUGCAUCAUUCCGGGACCGUCGAGUCCAAAGGCUGGAAUCGAUGUUUAUUUGCAACCUUUAAUUGAUGAUCUCAAGAGGCUGUGGGUGGGAGCGUGGACUUAUGAUGUGUCUCGUAAACAAAAUUUUAAUAUGCGAGCGGCUUUGAUGUGGACAAUUAAUGACUUUCCUGCAUAUGGCAUGUUGUCUGGAUGGGGUACACAUGGUAAAAUGGGAUGUCCGCAUUGCAUGAAUCACACAAAAGCGUUUACUUUGGACUUUGGUGGGAAAAGUUCGUGGUUUGACUGUCAUCGUAGGUUCUUACCUACCAACCAUGAAUUUAGAAGGAAUAAAGAUGCUUUUAGAAAAGGAAUAAAAGUAAAAGAUCUACCUCCCCCUCGAUUGUCAUCGACUCAAGUAUGGAAUAAUGUUUGUGACCUACCAAAAUUCACAGACUAUGGUGAAGCACGUAGAAUUAAAGGAUAUGGGGUUGACCACAAUUGGACAAAAAGAAGUAUCUUUUGGGACCUCCCUUAUUGGAAGGAUAAUUUAUUGCGUCAUAAUCUUGAUGUUAUGCAUAUUGAGAAGAACUUUUUUGAUAAUGUGCUUAACACGGUGAUGGAUAAUGAGAAGACAAAAGACAAUGAGAAGGCUAGGAAAGACAUGGAACUUUAUUGUAAUCGAAAAGAAUUGGAGUUGAAACCUCGACCAAACGGAAAAUUAUUAAAACCCAAGGCUUGUUACACUCUUACUCCCCAAGAAGCAAAAGCUGUAUGUCGGUGGUUAAAUGAAUUGAGGAUGCCUGAUGGUUAUUCUUCUAACCUGGCAAGAUGUGCUGACGCCAACACUGGGAAAUUGCAUGGAAUGAAAAGUCACGAUUGUCAUAUUUUCAUGGAACGAUUACUUCCAAUUGCAUUCAGUUCACUACCCAAGAAUGUGCUUAAUCCACUUACUGAGAUCAGUCAAUUUUUUAGAGACAUUUGUGCUUCAACUUUAAGAGUAGACGACAUCAUUAAAUUGGACCGAAAUAUUCCUGUCAUUCUUUGCAAGUUGGAGCAAAUAUUCCCGCCAGGUUUCUUUGAUUCUAUGGAGCAUCUCCCUGUGCAUCUUGCUUAUGAAGCUUUUCUAGGUGGACCUGUUCAAUAUAGAUGGAUGUAUCCAUUUGAACGAUUCAUGGGUGAUUCAAAGCGAUCAGUUAAAAAUAAGGCACGAGUUGAGGGAUCAAUUUGUGCACAUUAUAUACAUCGCGAAACAUCACAUUUUUGCUCUCAUUAUUUCAAUCACAUGAUGUUGUCUCCAAGAAUCAUAAGGAACGAAGUUAACUUCAGUGAAAGAAGUCAAUUUACCUUAUCAGUUUUCGGUCGUCCAGGCCGUCCCGCAGGGAAGAAGAGCCCUAGUCAACGUGUAAAUGAAUGGCACACAUAUUUUGUAAACGGUUACAAAUUUCACACUGAGGAAUGGAGUGUAGGGAAGAAAACCGUAAACAGUGGUGUAGUCGUAAAAGGAGUUACAGAGGGUGGUGAGGACGACUUCUAUGGGGUUAUCACACAUAUUUACGAGUUGGUUUAUAAUUAUAUGGACUCGGAAAAUAAAGUUGUCUUAUUUUAUUGUGAUUGGUAUGAUCCAUCUUCUAGAGGAACAAAAAUUGAUAAAAAGUAUAACACUGUUGAGAUUCGAAGAGAUAGAAAGUACAAAGAGUAUGACCCUUUCAUUAUGGCACAUAAUGUUAGGCAAGUUUAUUAUGUACCUUAUCCUUCAAUUACCCCACGGAAACGAGAAUGGUGUGUUGUAAUCAAGUCCAACCCAAUGGGUCACAUUGAGACUGAUGAGUUAAUGGAAGAUGUUGCAUACCAACAUGAUGAGAUUUCACCUGUUAAUGAGGUAAUUGAAACUGAGGAGAUUGUAAGUUUGUGUGAUACUGCAGUUGAGGGUCAACAAAUUGACGCAAGUAUCUUGUUGUCAACAAAUCCUAUGGAAGAAGAGCAUGAAGAGCUAGGAGAGUCUGAAGACAAUAAUAUCAGAUGCGAUGAAGACAACGAAGAUUAUGAUGAUGAAUGA